CAAGGGGUCCAGACGCAAAGAAAAUACUUCAGAAAGACUGCUAAGGGGAAGAUUGUCGAAGUCCUUCGUGAACGUUAUUUAAGGGACGACGUGGCCUGUGGCAUUGAAGGGAUAUGUACUUCCCAUGACCCUCCUUUGUCACCACGCGACGACCUUACACACCAGAAAUAUCCUAAUGGUCACUAUAUAAUGCCAGACACCAAUGUCUUCUUGCGUCAGAUGGAUUUGGUGGAGUCCCCUCUCUUCACCGUGCCUAUCAUCCUUCUUCAGACAGUCCUGGAAGAA